GCGCUGCGCACGCGCAGGCCACUCGCAAGAUGUCCUUAGUAGAAGGUGCUUCGGACACGGAGCACAGGCCGGACGAGAGCCCUAAGAAGAAGACGGAUAAGCCAAGUGACCGCCUGCAGAUGUCGGAGCCAUACAUGUGGAAGGAGCAGAUCCAUACUCUGAUGAAGGGUGCAGACAGCGAGUCCGAUAUCUCGGACUCUGAGCACUUCCUCACCAAGGGGGCCUUCCUCCUGACGCCCUCACACGGCCUCAGCAUGGAAAAGGCCUCAACCAUUUGCGAGAAAAUGGAAUUCAAGGGGUGCUUCUCUCUCACGAAAACUGCUACAGGAAUUCUCUUCAAGUUUUCCAGUGUUGAUGAUUAUCAGAUGGUUUUCAAGAAGGGAUUCCACAAGGUCACGGGUUCCAGGUUCUAUAGAAAGAUCGCCAUCCCCUGCCGACCCCAGAAGACGUUCACAGUAUAUGUGUACGACAUUCCUGAUGAUAUCCCGGAGGAAGAUGUCCGCCAUGCCCUCUUCAAAUUCACCUCUAUCGUGGAAGUGGUGCGCCUCAACUUUGCCGGAUCGCCGCGUGAAGGGAACACUGGCACCUCAACCCCAAAGCCUAUAGAAAAGACGCCACCUCGUGCCAUCGCCAACAUAGAUGGAGAGCUUGUCAGCAGUAUGGUGCCCAAAGAAGCUUCCAGCAUCAUACGUAUCACCCUAGCCAAUAUCGAGGAGGCGAACAUCUUGCUGCAGAACGGUUUGGACUUCUAUGGAGCUACCUACUUCCCUACAGAGCUAGCCACGCCAGCACAAGCUGCCAAGUUGAUCAAACCUAGCAGACCAUAUUCUUCCAGGGUGACAGGGGGUACGGUGUCGGCCAGGGUCAGAGAUCUGCUGCCAGUGUUCGACCAGCAAGGCUUUGCCAAGUUCGCUCCGCCUGCGUCUAGACUGGUUAAGCCCCCAAGGAAGUAAAUUACGACUGUAUUUCCAAUUAUGCCCAGUACCACCUGCCGUAUGUCGACCAAAUCUGUAUAAGUAAAAGCGAUCAGUAGGCCAAAGUCUUGUUAAAUUUGAAAAGAAUAACACUUACGUAUUCGCCAAAAGUGUUUUUAUUCUAGCUAACCGCACAUCUACCAAAACACCGUAUUUCAAAUUCUACGCCUCGCUGGUUUGGCUUCUUACCCAGUCUUUUCUGGAAAUAGCCGUAUCACCAAGGCUGUAGGUCAGGGGGAACUUUUGGGGGUUAAAUCGACUCUUUCAUUGAACUUGAAUUCGACAAUUGGAUGUGACCAAAAUGCAUAUUUUUCGUUACUUAUUAUUUCGUGUUCAAAGCUAGAUACCCCCAAAAUGGCUUCCUCGAUUUGACCUUGAGUAGUAAUACAGCGUUUUUAUGGGCUUCAAAAGACCAUGCCCCUUUUCAGGUUAAGCGUGCUUUCGUCAUAUAUCAAAUUGACACAUCAGUUAAAGUAGCAGAAAACUAAUAAUCCUACACCUAGCACAAAAGCUUAAGCUAAUAAUCGCAUUUUCUCAGUUCAAGCAUAGUUCGUAGCUCAGUAGCUAGUACCUAAAAUCCUAAAUAUUAGUAGAUACCAGUAAAUGAAUGCAUACGUGCAUAAGAUGUGCUAGUAGUUCCAGAAAUUCUUUCGGAAAUUUUCCUUAAAAAUGGGCAUAAUACGAAAUUUCUUUUUAUUUUACAUAUGAUGAUUGUGUGUUUUUGAGUGCGAUCCUAGAGUAAGUUUUCAAGUAAAAGUAUUAAAAUAGCGGUCUUAUUCUUGCAAUACGUUAUUCACAUUCGUGCACAGUUUAGAAGGUGGCACCUGUCACGGGCAUGUUGCGCAAGACAAUCACAAUCGUAAUUAUUUUGCCAAAUUCGAGUUGUCAUAUAAUGAAUUAAAGAAUUCUUGCACGCAUAUCUAGGGUUCAGAAUGCCUUUCCGCGGUCUGUGUCACCUCAAUCCUUCAACCAUUGAAAUAAAAAGGCAUCUUUCAGUAAAGCGUGUCCGAUCUUCUCAACAUUUACACUUUAUAUCAACUGAGAUAGCGGUACUUGUUAAUUGAAAACUUGCACUAAGGGCAAUUCUCGCUACAACAUUGAGAUGGGUACUAGGAAUGAAAUGUAUUUCGUAACGUCAAUUUUGAUACCUCUUCAUUCACUGUCCUCUAUUUUAACGCACUGCCAAUGAAUGACAAUUUUCCGCAUUUGAAGAGCCAACCACGAGCGUCAUUGGAACUAAUAUUAUGUAUUUUUAGUAAUUCAAAUUUUAGUUCCUGGGACACUCGUAUUACAGCUUCUCAACUCACAGCGCCAAAACGGCGUCAACAGUUGUACACACAAACAAAGUGACAGCAACCUAUCUUGGGGGCUAUCAGCAGUCCAAUUUUAAUAUUUUUGAUGCUCCUUUUUUACGGAUUAAACAUCUCUAUUCUAGGGAUGUCUUGGUAUAUUAUGUAAAUAUCUUGGUAUAUAAUGUAUAAUGUACCGUAAUUUUGAAACAAUAUUGCUUUUAGCCAUGGAAGUAAGACUUGUGGUAAUAAUAGAGGACAGUGUCUUCAUUCAAAAAUUGCAACUUUGGCAGCACGAAUUAUGGUAACGAGUUUGUUACUUCAGUUUCAUACAGAAUCAAUACCAUUCAGUUUCAUUAUUUUCGUUCAUUCAAUAGUAUAACAUUUUCGCGUUUUCAAGACUGUAACGUUAAAGUGAAAUGGCUCUAAAUCGAUGUCAUAGCUGUACAUUUUAACAGCUUCAAGUGGAACUUUUCAAAACUAUUACUUUUACUCUGACGUUAUAGUGUUUUGAUUCUCUGAAACUAGGAUUGCAAGAAUGGAACUCCUGUACUAAAAAGGUUUAUACAAUCAAAUCAGUCCGUCGCUUGAUUUGUCGCAACCUUAGAUACGAGUAUUUAAGAUAGAGUACGUCUUAGCAAGGUCAGCACCGUCUCAACAGUUCGAAAUUGCAAGUUUCGUAUAGUUACAAAAAUACACACACCUAUGUUCUUGUGUUAUUUUACGCCUUUAGUUGCGUGGAAGAAAUCGCUUUGUGUCACCUUCAAAUUGUUCCCUCUAUGUAACUUGCUCUAUGUAUUCUUGAUUUCUGUUAAUUUUUUGUUUUCAUUCAUUCAUUGAUACACACAUUAAUUCAGUGUUUCUCAAUAAAGGAAUUUACUAAAAUGCCGUAGGUUAUUGUGGUGCAAUGUGCAGUGUCAUAGUAUGAGAAUAUUCGAAUUAAAAGUUUGCUUCCGUGUAGGUAUAUGUAUACCUACUUAUAAUAUAUAAAUAGAAUAGAAGAGAAUAUAAAAUUUAUAUAAUCUAAGUAUAUAAAGUUAUCUAUAGAACAUCCGCUUGCGAUUUUCUUAAUAGACAACUAUUUAUACGCGGAUUCUAUGGUUUGUAUAAAACAUCCUCCUGUAAUAUCCCCAUAUUAUCCUUUUAGGAUACAGGACCUAGGUAUCCGUCCGUGUCUAUUUUUAACUCUAUAAUGAAAUCAUAACAUUAACUUAAAAGAACUUUCGUUCUCAUUCUAUCAA